GCUGUGUGUGGCCUUUUGGGAGUUUCCCCAACAUGUCGGCUCGGUCGUCGGCGGUGUGAGCGAUGAUUGGCUUGAUUCGACCGAGUUCAGAUGUCACUGAGAGGCUCGGCGCGGGAAGCAAAGGGACGGAGCCACGGGCACGCAGGGGGUGCGAGGGGUGAAAAAAAAAGUUACAGUGGAAAAGUGCAGUGGUCGGUGGGUGUGUGGUGGGCGCUGGGUUGCUCGGAUGUGGAUGGCUCCAAUUUUGGGGUCCCCACAUCCCACCUUUCCCACCAAGCCCCGGGCCCCGGCUGUCAACCAGAAUGUUUAGAACAGGGACGAACAACGUCUCGCCAGAAACCCAAACUCGGCCCAUUCAUCUACGGACAACUCCUCCCCUCAUCCCCCCCGAAACACCGCCGCCUGCCAGCAUCAUCCCCCUCCACCCCUCUCCUCUUAUCGGCGUCUGGUUUGGGAAAAUAUCCGAUUGCCUGUGCCGACCUGCUCUGCUCGACAGACGCUUCACACCGCCUGGCGCUACACCACGUUACGUACUUUAA